AUGACGUCGACUGACGCUGAACAAUCAACGAAAAGUGUACCGAUUUACAAUGCAAAAUCAUCUUAUGAACAUUCACAUUCGUGUAAUGAUGCAUCGCAUCAUCAUUAUCCAUCGUUUUACGAUUUCAAAAACGACGCAUUGGCAGCAGCAGCUGCGAAAACCGAAAUAUCAAUGAAACGGAAAGCGAAAAAUAGUCAAAAACAAGAUGUAACACGCGCAGAAUUGAUUCCUGGCCAUCGAGGUAACAGCACCGUCGAUGAUUUAGUGAAAUUUAUCAAUGGACCAUCACCAUCCACUACGAAAAAAUCCAAAAAGAAAUCUCCAACAAGCAGCUAA